CGCCCUGGAGUACAUGACACCCUACAUGCAAUCCCGCGGCAUGGAUAUAUACAUGUGUGCGCGGCUCGGUAUCAGUCUCUCGUUUCUUCUUUUCGAAGCUAUGUAUGACGAUGGGACUGACGUUGUAUAAGGAGGGGUUUUCGUUUAAUUUGAAGUGGGGCAUUUACGCUGGGAUCUUCUCAUGGACCGCAUGCGUAGUCGCAUUCCACAUCCAAUUCGUAACCGUCCGCGCACACAGCUACGAGCUGCCGCUGUCCGGGACGGGACAGUACCUGGUUUAUCAAUGCGUCGGCUUCGUAUGCGGCUACGAAGCGCUAAGUCUAAUGUUACUAAAAUGGAUGCAGAUCACAACCGACGCGGGAAUGCAAACCUCCCCGCUUCGCACGUUCGCAACCAAGGCGUACAGGUACUUCGUCAUCGCAUCCAUGGUCUGGUUCCCGCCGCUCAUGAGCACGUACACGGGGCGGCUGAUUACGGCUAAAACGUUGGAGGAUCUUGAGGUGUUUUACAAGUUCAACGCAACCAACCUCUACUCGAUGUUCACCUGCCUCGUCAUCCACGCCCUGGGCAUCCUCUACUCCGGCCACAGACUCUCCUCAACCCUCGACAAAGGGCGCCAGAUGGUCGCGUCGACACCGGGGAUCUCGACAGUCGGUGGUGGAGCGGGGAGGAGCAAUCCGGAUUUUGGGAAGAUAGGGAGAAGGAGGAGGAAGGGGGGUGUUACGGCGACGAUCAGGAAUUUGAUGUUGGCUACUGUUGUUGGAUGGCUGCUCCUCUCCCUCAACGCCCUCCUGGACGGCAUCCUGGGGCUCAGCUCCAAAUACGGUCUGUGGAGUUUCAUGUGCGACGAUGCAGCGCUCGAGUCAGGCUGUGACAAAAGGGAAAUCAAUGGAGACGAGAGCCGAGCGGGGGACUGUUGAGAUGAACGACGACGGUGCGCUCGAGUCAGGCGUUGAGCGAAGGGAAAUCGAUGCAGACGAGAGCCGAGCGGGGGACUGUUGAGAUGGACGAAGAGGGUGCGCUCGAGUCAGGCGUUGAGCAAAGGGAAAUCGAUGGAGACGAG